ACGAGCAAGAGUUACCUUAGCAGUUCUGCAAUGCGUAUCUCCUGGCUAUUGGGCUUGACAGCUCUACUUUUGGUCCUUGGGCCAAGUAGUGGCGAAGAUAAAUGCUGGUGCAUGUCGACAAAAGUGGAGUGUCCCACAACGACACCGACGUGUCCCACAACAACAAGAACAUGUCCCACAACGACACCAACGUGUCCCACAACAACAAGAACGUGUCCCACAACAACAAGAACAUGUCCCACAACGACACCGACGUGUCCCACAACAACAAGAACGUGUCCCACAACGACACCGACGUGUCCCAUAACGACGACAACGUGUCCCACAACGACAACGACGUGUCCCACAACAACAACGACUUGUCCCACAACAACAACGACUUGUCCCACAACAACAACGAAGCGACCCACAACAACAACGACUUGUCCCACUACAACAACGACUUGUCCCACUACAACAAGGAAGCGACCCACAACGACAACGAAGCGACCCACAACAACAACGACUUGUCCCACUACAACAACGACUUGUCCCACAACAACAACGAAGCGACCCACAACGACAACGAAGCGUCCCACAACGACAACGAAGCGUUCCACAACGACAACGAAGCGUUCCACAACGACAACGAAGAAACCUUGCGUUACUACAAGGAAAUCUUGCGUUACAACAAGAAGACCUUGCGUUACAACAAGAAAGCCAUGCGUAACGACUAGGAAGCCCUGCGUUACAACCAAGAAACCUUGCAUUCCACCAGGAAAACCUCCAGGUCCACCAAAGAAGCCUUGUAAUCCACCAAGAAAACCUCCAGGUCCACCAAAGAAGCCUUGUAAUCCACCAAGAAAACCUCCAGGUCCACCAAAGAAGCCUUGUAUUCCACCAAGAAAACCUCCAGGUCCACCAAAGAAGCCUUGUAAUCCACCAAGAAAACCUCCAGGGCCACCAAAGAAGCCUUGUAAUCCACCAAGAAAACCUCCAGGUCCACCAAAGAAGCCUUGUAAUCCACCAAGAAAACCUCCAGGGCCACCAAAGAAGCCUUGUAAUCCACCAAGAAAACCUCCAGGUCCACCAAAGAAGCCUUGUAAUCCACCAAAGAAACCUCCAGGUCCACCAAAGAAGCCUUGUAAUCCACCAAUAAAACCUCCAGGUCCACCAAAGAAGCCUUGUCUUCCACCAGGAAAACCUCCAGGUCCACCAAAGAAGCCUUGUAAUCCACCAAGACAACCUCCAGGUCCACCAAAGAAGCCUUGUAAUCCACCAAAGAAACCUCCAGGUCCACCAAAGAAGCCUUGUAAUCCACCAAAGAAACCUCCAGGUCCACCAAAGAAGCCUUGUAAUCCACCAAAGAAGAAUCCCGUUCCACCAAAGAAGCCUUGUAAUCCACCAAAGAAGAAUCCCGUUCCACCAAAGAAGCCUUGUAAUCCACCAAAGAAGAAUCCCGUUCCACCAAAGAAGCCUUGUAAUCCACCAAAGAAGAAUCCCGUUCCACCGAAAAAGCCUGGCCCGAAGCCCUGUAGACGAAAUUAGACCCAAGAGGAGGACUCUACUAAUUCGGCGACGUCGGAUUCCAAAAAGAAAUGACAAAGACUGUAAAUGUCCCUGCCUGCGACUUUGUUGAACCAUGCGAACUCUCCGGAAAUUGAUGAAGACCCACUGAAAAGAACUUUUGAUUUCAAUCUUUAAUUAAUUAUAGCUUUGUUGCCUUUAUUAUUUUCAUUAUAUUAUAAUCGCACUUAUUAGAAAUUCAUAAUUGCCAGAUAGGCUUUCACACAUACAUACCUAAUUAAAUAUUAAACAAUAAUUGCAAAAAUCA